UAGCCUUGUCUUCAAUUUUCAGUCGUAGAAGCCAUGAGAGCUCUAUUGAAUCCAUAUCCAAAGCCUAGUUGCUCUUCCUCUUCCAUCCUUUCUAAUCACUGCAAUCGAACUCGGAAUUUCACAAAUCCGCCAAACCAAAUCUCUCUGCAAUUCUUCGCGAACGAUCGCGACUGUUCCAUUUGGUCAAGGAAGACAACCUCUGUAAAUUUCGCGUUGGAUUCUACAACUCUUGAUCAAUUAGGACUUUCGGAAUUUGAUUCUGAUAUCCGAAAUCCAGCGUUCUCUUCCUCGUAUCGCAAUUCGAAGAUCCCCAAACCGAAUCAGACUCUGCUUGAUGCUCAAGCUAGGGUCUGUACGGGACCGACGCAGACGAGGCCGCUUGGCGAAGAGCAAGCUCACAAGGUCUUGGAUACUAUUCUCAAAUCAGCAACUGGAGAGCUCAAGGAUGAAGAAGAAGUUUCUAAAGCACAACUUGGAGCUUUUUUUGCUGCAAUGACAAUACGAGCAAAUUCCUUUCCGGAAGCUACCCAAUGGAGUGAAGGAGAAAGACGUGCAAUGAACAAAUUCUGGCCACUUCUGCAUCGGACUCUUCCAGCUGAUGUCAUUUUUAUUGCUGAUCCUGAAGGGUCAAUAAUGGGUAGUUCAAUUGGACCACAAUAUGUGGGUAAUAACACUACUGAAAUGAGGAUGACUGGUGCUUUGAGGGAAAUUUUGGCAGGGGGUCAUCUUGGAUAUGAAGAGGUCCAUGGUGUUCUUAGAGAUGUUCUUCCAUUAAGAUCAGAAGAUCUGGAGUCUGAACAAGUGAGCGAGUCAUUAUUUUCAGCAUUUCUGAUUGGCCAGCGCAUGAACAGAGAAACAAAUCGUGAACUUAAAGCAUACUGUCUUGCAUUUGAUGAUGAGCUCGGUCCUCCUCCAGUUGCUGAUGUCAGAUCUUUGACUCACUAUGGUGAACCUUAUGAUGGAAACACACGUUACUUCAGGAGCACAUUGUUUGUAGCUGCAGUAAGAGCCUCUUAUGGGGAAUCUUGCCUGCUCCAUGGUGUAGAUUGGAUGCCACCUAAGGGUGGCAUAACUGAAGAGCAAAUGCUAAAGUUCAUGGGAGCAGAUACACACUUAUCCCCGUUGGAGGCCAAAAAACUUCUUGAGGAUGAGGACAUUGGUUUUGCAUACAUAAGUCAACGUGAAGCUCAGCCAUCUCUAUUUUCAUUAAUAGGGCUGAGGGAGCACAUAAAAAAGCGCCCAUCUCUAGCAACAUCUGAGAAGGUCCAGCAGUUUGUCAGGGCUCGUGGGAGAGAAGCUAUUGUCACUGGAUUCUAUCAUGAAGGUUACGAAGAUAUGUUGCUAAUGCUCAUGAGAAGAAGAGGAGUCCAUUCAGGUUUAGUGGUGAAGGGCGAGGAAGGUGCUCUGUCCAUGACAACAAGACUGCGAUCAGCAAGUGCAUCAAAAGGCCUUCCAGUGAACUACUGCUCAGGGUUCCGUUCAUUGAGCAAGGCAUCAGCUUCUGAGAUUGAUGGAGUUUCACGUGAGAGUUUCAAUCUAGAGGUUAAUGCUAAAGAUUACGGCUUUGAACCUACAGAUACUCCAAGAACCGACAGAUCAGUUUUGAGAAAUCUAGAGCUCGGGUUAUCGGCACUUCGUGGUGAAAAAGGACCAGCUUAUGACCGGAUUGUCUUGAAUGCUGGAAUUGUGGACCAUUUGCUGGGAUGUGAUGGCGCUGAUGAUAUAUCCACCGCACUGGAGAGAGCUAGAGAGGCCAUAGAUAGUGGCAAAGCCCUAAAGAGGCUUUUGAAUUACAUAAAGAUCUCACACGAAGUGAACUAAAAUUUAGCCCUAGCUGCAUUGAAGAUAAAGCCUGCAGUGAUGUGGUGUUCUUAGUCAUCUGGAAGCUGAUGUGGAAGAUCUAGACCGUCCAACUUAUAUAAAACA